AUGGCUAGGGCAUCGAUGAACAGAGAGAUCGUCUACGAGAUCAAGGUCGUCGAUUCGCCUGUGGUGGCCACCCUCGUGGCCCAGAACUGCCUCCCGGACAUUGCAGUUCCGCUCUGCGACGAACAUCUCGAGUGGACACAGAAACCUCAAGUCUACGAAACGCCGCGUGGCGAGGCGUCCGAGGUGCAGGUGGUGUCGACUUCCGUUGUCGCGGAAAAGCCAGCCCAUGAGGUUACGGUCGUGGAGAGCAAGCCAGUUGACUUCUGGGACGACCCGACCAACCCUCACUACGAUAACGGGGAAAUUCAGGCACAGAAACCCCAGAAACCCCAGAAACCAGCCAUAAUACAGACCGUCGUGGAUUACAUGAACCGACCUACCUACCUACAGACCGACGAAAAGCCGGAAAUUAAGCCCGUCAUCGUCGUCGAGCCGACGUCCGCGCCCGGGCUGUUCGCCGGGAUCGACACCUUGUUCAGGCCGAAUGGGAGCAGCUGGUUCAACGUCUUCUACAAACCACCCAAGAACAAACCGCAAGCUGGUGAAAAGCCCGGAUUGAUAGCGGGCUUGUUUCAGGUACCAGCGAUACCAUCGUUCCAGCAAUUCCUUUACAGACCGGAAAAUGACAUUUCCAACAACCAGGGACUUCUGGGUUUGUUGGCCCUUGUCGGUGGUCAGAACAACGCCCCUGGUGUUGGGCCGCCGACAGAGAGGCCAGGAAUUUUCGGUGGCUUGUUUCCGUCUCCGUCAAAGCCAGCGAAUUUUGAAACGCCCUCGGCACCGUCGCUGCUCGGUGGAUUCGGUAAUAUUUUCAAUCGGCCAACGAGCAAGCCGCUAGUCAUCGAGAGACCGGACGAGAAGCCACUCCUCGUUGAGAAACCAGUCUAUGUCGUCGAACAGCCGGUCACUCAGGGGCUUUUGAACAUCUUCCAGAAGCCCAGUAAUCCGAUAUCGUUGGACAAGCCCGAGGAACUCGAGAUAAUCAAGGAACCAACUUACAUACUUCAAAAGCCUACGGAGCGCCCACCGCUCUUCGGAAGUGGACUGCUGGGCAAUUGGAAUAUUUUCAAUAAGCCCGCUACCGAGCAAGAAAAGCCCGGUUAUAUUUCCGAAACUGUAAUCGAAGAGAAGCCCGUUUCUGAAGUCAUAGUUCAGGAAAAGCCCGUCCACAUUGUGGAAACUGUAAUUGAACAAAAGCCCCCUGUUUCCAUUUCCGAGGUCAUAGUUGAACAAAGGCCCGCAGUUGUCUCUGGAAUCGUAAUGGAGGUGAAGCCUGCCCCAGUCUACGGAUUCACGGGUAAUAAGGUCCCUGUCCCAAAUAAACCGAUCGUCGAAGCCACAUCCACAGCGGUUGCAGGAGCCGUAGCCUCAAAUUCAGAAUCUGCUAGUGUGGCAGAGUCGUCGGCCACCGUUAUAAGCUCUCAAGGGUCUUCGACGUCGGUCGUCGAGUCGACAGCUUCGGCCAGUGCUGUGGCUGCGACCUCAAACGGGGCAGCCAUUAGCACAGCGCAAUCCUCCGUCGUGACGUCGAAUCGUCCGACGUACGGUGGUCAAUGGAAGACCGCAAAGGGGCAGGAAGGAGAAAUUACUGGCUCGGUUCGGACGGAAAAUGGCCAGGACGCAGCGGAUGCGAUAGAGGAAUUUCUGCAUACCAAAUCCGACUUUGAAAGUGAUCUUGGAGCGGAGGAGGAGGUUAAAAAUGAAGCCUAAGAAGUGAUAAUGCAACGGUGAAAAUCCGGUCGUCGUAUAGCU